UGUGUGAUACGGUUAUGGUGAGAGGCGAGAGGAUUUCAAUGUCGCGUUUUUCCUGCGCUUAGAGGAAAGGUAAACGGAUGGGAAAAAGCGCGACUGUCGGGGUUUUCUGCCUCAGAUCUGAUGCCUGAAUAUCUGGCCGCGUCUCCACAGGCGGAUCUUCUGCUUUAGGCCUGAUGGAGCUGGGAACUCGACGAGAGCCGCACGGAGAAGAUCCUGAUUUACGCCCGUCCUUCAGCAGGGAGUCCUGAAAAGCGGGUGCCAUCUUCAACCAUUCCCUUCCCUUUUCACCAUCUACAACCCCACCCUGUCUGGCACAGGCCCAUCCCUGGCUCCUUUUCUGACCCCAAAAUGAUCGGCAAAUUGAAGCAAAACUUGCUGGUGGCCUGCUUGGUCAUCAGCUCUGUAACAGUAUUUUACCUGGGUCGGCACGCAAUGGAGUGCCACCAGCGAGAGGAGCGAAGCCAGCCACUGCUGGGCAGCCUGCAUGCUACGCUGCGCACUGGACAGAACAUUAGCGCCCCCUUUGUCUACAACAAGGACAUGCCACUCAUCUUCAUCGGAGGUGUUCCUCGCAGUGGCACCACACUCAUGAGGGCCAUGCUGGAUGCACACCCCGAUGUCCGCUGCGGUGAAGAGACACGCGUCAUCCCCCGCAUCCUGGCCAUGAAGCAGAUGUGGAGUCGCUCAGGACGUGAGAAAAUGCGCCUGGACGAAGCUGGUGUCACAGAUGAGGUGCUAGACUCAGCCAUGCAGGCCUUCCUGCUGGAGAUCAUUGUGAAGCAUGGUGAGCCCGCCACUUACCUGUGCAACAAGGACCCGUUUGCCCUUAAAUCCCUUUCGUACUUGGCGAAGAUCUUCCCACGCGCCAAAUUUAUCCUUAUGAUUCGUGACGGCAGAGCCUCCGUCCACUCCAUGAUCUCCCGCAAAGUGACCAUCGCUGGCUUUGACUUAAGCAGCUACCGGGACUGCCUCACAAAGUGGAACCGGGCCAUAGAGACCAUGUACACUCAGUGUUUGGACGCGGCCGACAAGUGCCUGCCCAUGCACUACGAGCAGCUCGUCUUGCAUCCGGAGAAAUGGAUGCGGACGCUGCUGAAAUUCCUAAACAUUCCUUGGAAUGAAGCUGUUCUGCGUCACGAGGAGCUCAUUGGGAAAGCAGGAGGUGUAUCGCUCUCCAAGGUGGAGCGCUCCACGGACCAAGUGAUCAAGCCAGUCAACGUGGAGGCAUUGUCCAAGUGGGUGGGGAAAAUCCCGGCGGACGUACUGAGGGACAUGCCUGUCAUCGCGCCGAUGCUCGCCAGACUAGGCUACGACCCCCAUGCUAACCCACCCAACUAUGGUCGCCCUGAUCCACGUGUCCUUGACAAUACUAGAAGGGUAUUUAAAGGUGAAUUUCGGCUACCUGACUUUCUUAAAGAACAAUCACAGCUACAGAAGUCUUCAGAGAAGCCAAACUCCAGUUAGGAGAAGAGGGAAUAGAAGGACUCAUCACAUCCGUAGAAGACAAAGCAGGAACAGAUGCGGCAGGAACAUGGUGUGCCCACGUAACCCCUACUGGGACCUUUGUACUCUCUCACCCACACCUACCCUCAGACUGUAUCGUCUGCAUACAAAGACACACCUCAUACACCCUCUCUGGCUCUUGGGUCUGGACCACUAUAUGGAGAACUUUUGGCCUUUGAUGUUGUACUGUAACAAUUGUGGCCUACGAAUGUCAUUGCUAUGUUGAAUUUCUUUCCAUUAUUUUUUGGGGGAUUUUAUUUUUUGGUCACAUGAUAAUCAUCUGACUUUUUUUUUUCCUGGCUACAUAAAUCUGUGAUUCUGUUAUAAGAAAAUACAGUGGCUAGCAAAGGAAGUAUUUAUGGAAGAAACUUAGCUUUUAAAGAUGCAAUAUCUAUUUUGAUGUUCUGUUUUAUUUCCAUGCCUCUGUAUUGUACAGUUCCUCGGGUACACGUGUACAAGAUCACAGUUUGGAGGCAUUGGCGGUGGUGAAUACAGAAUUGCAUUUUGUACCAUCAUUCACAAGUAUGAUCUUUUGUACACAGAGAAAUGUAAUAAAUGAAUUGUCAGUGUUGAAGGCAUGAGAAUGUACUUGCAAUUUUUCCAUUCAUGAAAAAAGUGGAUGGGGUAAGAGACAUUGUGCUCGUCUUGUAUUAAAGCAGCGGUUCCUAACCUUGGGGGUCUCAAAACGGUAGCAGGGGAGUUGCGGGAAAACUUUUAUUUUAAAACGACUGUACACAGAGGUUCACAGAGAAGCCACUGGCGGAUUUUUGGAUAUCCGUACACGCCGAAGCCCGAGAACUGAGUGACAUGGCAUUGAAAAAUACUCUCCCAUUCACAUCGACCAAUCUCCGUGAGGCUGUUUUUUUUUUAGCGCUGGUUUACCUCAAGAACAAGUACAGAGCCAGACUACUGUUCGAAGAUAGAUUGCAUCUCUUCCUCAGCCCUACUGAGCCAUGACCAUCAAAGCCCAACCAUCCCACUGAAUGAGUAAUCCAAAACAUGGUGGGGGGAACAAAACAUUGUCAUUCUUAAAAGUGGGUCAUGUGGUAAUAAAUUUAAGACACAGGAAUACACAAGGGUAGCACAGUAUGUGGUUUAUUGGGAAUGGGUUAUGGGAAACAGUUGAGCCUGAGUUUGAGUAGAAGCAUGAGCAUGGGUCACUGAUGAAAUGAUACGAUAAGCGGGAGGAUGAGGAAACCCUGGGGGUACAGGUGAAGAACAGAGACUUUCCGGCAGAGCUGUAACAUCCACUGCCAAAUGUGCCAGCUGAUGACGUAUAUAUAUUCACCCAGGCCUGUGAGAUUGAGCAGCUGAGAGAGAGAAGAUCCAGCUAAAGGAGGGCGUUGCUCAGCUGGACAGAGAUCAGAGAGAAAGGACAAAAAUGAGAUAAAACAGUAGUGGUAACACUUAAAAUAUAUCCACAUAUAUACAUGUACAAGCACAUGCAAAGACUGUAGGAAACAGGUAUCAAUACACUGCAUGGAAAGAUACACACACACACACACACACACACACACACACACACACACACACAAAGAGGUUAAGAACCACUGUACUAAAGUGUAAAACAGUAUCGUCAGACCCUUUUUGGUACAUUGCUAAUCCCUUAUGAAAAAUCACUAUGCCUUGGCUAUGGUAUACUAUCAUUAACCAUGGUUUUACUGCUGUAUUUUGAGGUAACC